GCCAAGCUUAUUAGCCAUUCAUCCUUUUUUUUAUAAUGAAAACAUGAGUACAAAUUACGGGGUAGUGCGGAGUAUAAAUAAAGGGGCACAUCUUCCCCCGGCUCUUUCUUCCCACACAUACAUGUCACGGACUUUCAUCUUCCAAUAUAUAUGAUGACGGAGGAGGAGAACAGAAACGGCGGCACGGCGGCGGCGGCGGAGGAGGAGGAGGAGCUGCCAUCAAACGGGUCCCACCAGAACGGGUCAAGAUGGAACCCCACGAAAGAGCAGAUCAACUUGCUUGAGAGGUUUUACAACGAGGGAAUACGCACCCCGAGUGCGGAGCAGAUACAGCAGAUCACCGCCGUGCUCAGGGCCUUCGGCCACAUUGAAGGCAAGAACGUCUUCUACUGGUUCCAGAACCACAAGGCUCGCCAACGCCAGAAACUCAAGCAACACCACUUCGCCGCCGCCGCCGCCGCCGCCGCCGCCGCGCCUUUCUUUAACCCUUCCCCUUCCCAAUACCACCAUUUUCCUCUCUAUUAUAAUUUCCCUCCCCAGUCUCGCCCCAAUGUUAUUUACAGGCCGUACCACGUACCGCCACAGUCGGACUUAGGGUUGUAUACAAAAAGCCCAGGGUUGUUCUUUCCUGCAGUGGAAACUCCGGGGUAUUUUAGGAAAUCACCAAGGAUUGACCAAAAUGAAAAAGCCGUUCGAGAAGAUGAAGAAGAAGAAAGUAAAUGUGCAAAAGAAAAGGAGCGGAUGCGAGAAACGUUGGAAUUAUUCCCACUUUGCCCCACGGGGAUAUUACACGAACAAUGUAGCAACAAGAAUAGUAUUACUGGUGACCGGCUUUACGAAAAUGCCCCUCGGGACGGAGGAGGAGGAGGAGCGUCGCCGCCAUAUCUGCCGCCGGGAGAAGAAACGGAACACCACCCAUUCAUUGACUUCUUUAGUGGAAUCUAAAUGGACGUAGGAUAUGAAUGUGACACUGCUGCUUGGUGCUGACAAUGUUUGACUGGUGAUAACUCUCAUGCAUGCAUGGAUGGAUGCCAAUAUAUGGCUACUUACUAC